ACACGCGCGCGCGCGCGCACACACACACACACACACACACACACGGCAUUCCAAAUGAGACUCAAACAUAGACAGCCGGACGUCGAGAGGCGUAAGAUAUAGAUGGUCCACACACACAUGUGCCAGUAAGAGGGGAGUGAGGGGCUACGCCGACCAUCUGAGGCCUCAGUUUCCGGUGACUAUUUGUCCUGUGUGGAGAGCCCGGGGUGGGGGGGGUAGAGGGGGAGGUUGUCUUCCUCCGCACCCCCCACCCCGAAACCCGAAAGGCUGGGAGAGGUAAAGGGGGUCACACCCAGGGAAGGCACUUGGGUCAUUUACCUUCAGAGCUAUUUUCCCCACCCACCCGGGGGGCCGGGAAAGCAGGGCGGGGCUGGCGGAUCUGGGGGCGGGCCCGAAGAGACCUGGGCAGCCAGAGAGCGGGGGCGGGCGGCUGUAAAGAAACCUCGACCCGGUAAGCAUAGGCACACGCGAGCACACACAGGCACACGCAUACGCCGAAAGACACACAGCUAGACCCAGCACACACGUUCCCUCUCUAUGACACAUUCCCCGCCCCUCUGCACUUCCCGAAAAGGGGUGUGUGAAGUGUGUGUGUGUGUGUGUGCGCGCGUGAAUCUCCGACUAGGCGCUGACUGGGAGCCGGGUCCGGGCCAGAGCCAGAGCUGGAGCCGGGGCGGGACCCCAAGCCCGUGUCCACGCCUCCAUCCCGAGCCUCUCCGAUUUCCCCCUGCGGCGCGGAUGCCCCAUGUUCACGGAGCUGAGGUCCAAGCUGAGCCCUCCGAGAGGCCGCGCUGGGGCGGUGAGGACGAGCUUAGGAGAGCGCAGAGAUGUGGACGCUGCUGCACAUUUCAGCUUCUGCCGGAGUCUUUUGGAGCACACCGUGUCUGCUGAAAAUCUUCCCUGCCGGCUCCAGCGGGCACCAGGCUCCAGCCUCACUUGGCAUGAUAGUCGGAGCCAACGAGCUGGAGGGAGCAGGACAGUCAAACUCCUGCAGCAGCCCGGCACUGAAACGCAGCAGGGCCGGCACUAUGACCACUAUGGGUUCUACCACACCAGCCCCACACUGGGUGGCCUGAUGCGGCCGGUGGUCCUGUGGAGCCAGCAGGACGUCUGCAAGUGGUUGAAGAAGCAUUGUCCCCACAACUACCUCAUCUACGUGGAAGCCUUCUCCCACCAUGCUAUCACUGGUCGGGCAUUGCUUCGGCUGAAUGCAGAAAAGCUUCAGCGCAUGGGGCUGCUACAGGAGGCCCAGAGGCAGGAGGUGCUGCAGCAAGUCCUGCAGCUGCAGGUACGGGAAGAAGUCCGGAACCUGCACCUGCUGAGCCAAGCUUCCUUUGGAAACAUCUCCUAGCUCCACUCCUUCAAGAGGUGUGGGUGAGACCCCAGCACUGUGAUGGCUGACCUGAACUAGAAAGAAUGACAGACCGCUGGGUCAGAUGAGGCAUCAAACAGCAGUUUCCAGACCAGCAGGCAGUGAUGAACCAGAGGCUGAAGCUUGUGUGGCCACUCCUGGCCAAAAUACACACAACUUUACCCUGAGGUUAGAGGUCUGCCUUUAUCAAGCUGGCCACAGGUUGCAGGACCUCCAGGACAUCUACUGGCAACAAGAGACUCAGUCUUCUUCUUAUAUCCUAACAGAAUCCAGGGAAUCCGGCCCCUGUAGGGUUGGAAUCCAACACCCAAAGUUGGGGAGGGGGCAGAGAAGGGAAAGAAGACAUAUAUCUAGCACUGGCUCCUCCUGCAACAAAGAUUCUGGAGUUUUACCCCUCCUAGACCCUUGUGCCACCUAUAGCACAUAUUGACAUCUGUUGGGGGGGGGGACCGCAGUUCCAGGAGUAUUUGAUGCACUAGUUCCUGUCUGUGAUUUCCCUAGACAAGAUGUCUAUUUAUAGCCUUUCUCCCCAAUAUUGGUGACCUUCUCCCAUCUGUAAAGUCCUGGAAAAUGUCCAGGCAUGGAGGCUGAUUCUACUACUCCUUCCCCCAUGGCUGUGUCUCUCUCAUACCCUCAACACUAGGACUUGAGCCACAAGGAGGCUUCCUAGAGAGAUUGGCUGCUCAGCAACCAAUUUCUGCCCCACCCCCAUCCAUUUAUUUAUUUCCCCCUCCUCAAGCCACAUCCUCCCUGUUUGUCUCAUUACUAGGGAUUCUUUGUUUCUCUCAGCUUCCUCCUCCCUACUCCCAAGUUUGUCCUCCCAGAGACCUUCCUGAUCAGUCUCUGAACAGGUGUGACCCACCAAUGGAGAGAUUUCCUUUUCCAGUGGGACUCCCUGAGGUCCCCUGGGGAAUCAAAUAAAUCCAGUUUACACAGAGCUUUGCUGAGACCAUCUCUGCUCUGAGGUCAUAGGUUUGUAGCAUCUGACUGGCUGUAAAAGUCCCAUUUUGGAGUGGUUGCAGAUGUCCCUGCACUACAGUACAUAUGCUAAGGGGUGGCUGUUUGCUUAGAAUUUGGUCAAUUUCUUGGGCAGUGGGACCCUUUCAGUCACUGGCAAUGACCCUAGAGCAAGAUGGUGCCAUCUGAGGACUGGGCUGGGCAGUAUAAAGUUGGGUUAUAGCAGAUCACAGAGCUGAAGCUGGGUCUGCUAAGCUGGGAAAUGCAGUGUUAAGAAGAGAUAGAGCUAAUUAGCUACCAUCCCCAGUCUAAGUCCUACUUAUUCCACUCUAGUCUUCCUAUCCUAAACCCCUUUAGAAAAAUCUCAGGAACAGAAGAGCCAGGGGCUUUUCCAUCUAGCCCCUCCCCCUCACAUCUAUUCCACAACCCUAACCUAAAAUGAUAGUGUAGUAGGUAUGGGGAGAAACCCAGCUUUGGUAGACUGUACCUAGGCAACUCCUAUCCUUACUCCCAACAAUAUGUCCAUUUCUAUGCUAGGCAGUGAAAACUGCUGUUACCCCUUCAAGGUGUCUGAGGUGAUGGCCCUAGGCCCCGGGGAAUAAAUUAAGAAGGAAUUUAACAUCCUUGGAAGUACAAGGGGAACUGUCCCCUCCCCCACUUACCCUGAAAUACUUCCUCAAACCCUAACCCCACUCUGACUUCUCACUGGUAAAUGAGCCCUUAAAAAUGCAAUAACGUCAUAGGAUUUAAUUUAACCCCUUCAUUUUACAGUUGAGAAAAUGGAAGCCCAGAGAUGUUAAGUAAGUGACUUGCCCAUGGCCACAUCAUUAGUUAGUGGAAGAGCCAGGAUUUGAACCCAGGCCCUGUGACUCUAAAUCCAGCACUCUUUCCAUUCACUGCACAAUGCUGGUUCCUGUUGUCCCUGGAGCAAUAUAUGAACCCAAGCAUCUCCCUCUUCCCCUGCCCAGCCACUGUGCCAUGUACACUUGUUGGUUCUCUCUGUCUCUGUUUUUGUCUCUGUUUCUGUCUGUCUCAUUUUUUUAUACACUUGAUGUAAAAUUAUGAAAUAAAACCUGGUUCUUAAGUGAC